AUGUCAAAUAAAUGUACUUUAUCGUGGUGUGAUUUACAAAAAUAUGAAUUAACUUUCGGUUUUGAUGAAGCAUUAAUUGAAGAAUAUCCGGCUUUAAAUAUUGCUUUGUGUGCCUUAUCCAAAAUUUUAACAAAUCAUUUUCUAUUAAGUAAUUUCAGUGCACAUUUUGUUCCAUUUGAUCAGUAUACUGGUGUAUUACCGCAUAAUGUUUCUGAAACCGUUAUGAAUCAAAUUAGGGACGCAUUUACUCAAUCAAAUAUUCCGUCAAUUAUUCUUCAACAAGAUGAACUUCUUAUUGCACCAGUACCCUGUGCUGUGUAUGGAAAUUAUUUGGGACAAGAAAAAGAAACAGACAUAAAUAUUAUAUAUUUAAAUAAAGAAUUAAUAGACUGUUCUAAAGCAAGUGAUCAUUCAAAGGAUAUUAUUAAAUACGGUGCACUCAUACUCUUUACAAUAAUACAUGAAUUAGGACAUUGGUCAUUCCAUCAUUAUGCCUGCAAUAUGGAUCACUACCUUGCAACACCAAAAGGAGUAUUAAUGGAAGAAGCGGGUGAUGCAAUUGAAUUCCUACUAUUCGGAUUUCGCAUUCAACAUUAUGGCCCUGAACAUCCAUAA